AUGCGACUGUUCAACAAAUUCCACGCCGUCUGCGCCUUAGCUGUGUGCAGUAUCCUUCUUUCGGCAUGGCUUCUCGCCUCGCAACACUACUACCGCCGAGUGGCCUCGACCGACCCCGCAAAUGGCUUCCGCGCCGCUAAGACUUUCGACCGGAGAUUAGUGGUCUUUGGCGAUUCGUGGAGUGACGACAACAAUGGAGGUGAUGAAGUUCAAGGGUCCGUGUGGACAGAAUGGCUUUGCUCGAUGUUUUCGUGUCACCAUGAAAAUCUGGCAGAGACAGCCAAGUCGCUCCGCGGCACUCAGAUUGGCUCGGUCGUGGAUAACUCUGAGCUCUCAGGGAUCUUGCUCAGCCUGUCCAAGUCGCCGGUGGCGGAUUUCAAAACGCAGAUGAACCGGUGGACGGCUGCGGAGUCCCAGGUAUUGGAGGAAUUGGCCGGCGACGAAGCCGCCAUCGCCAGUCGCUUGAAUCACACCAUAGUGGCCGUGUCCUUUGGAGUGUGGGAUGUCUGGAACAUGAUCGGGAAGGACUACGACAGCGCCGUCAAAACCGUCGAUCACAGCGUGGAGACCAUUAUGGACCAGUUGGACUCGUUGUCUCGGGCUUUGGGCACGGACGAUCUGAAGGUCAUUCUGACGCUGGCGCCAGAUGUGACCUUCCUGCCUGCAUUCAAGGGCGCAGCGGAGCAGCGUGUCACUCGCCACAAGGACACCGUCCGGGUCGCGGAGUACUGGAACAAAAAGCUCCGGGAAUCGGCCGAAAAAUGGGACCACGGCUUGAUCUACCUCUUCGACACCAAUGCAUUCCUGGUGGAUCUGAUCCGGGAUCGGCAGCUUUAUGACGCCGGCAUUGAGGAGCCCAAUGGACUUGGAAAGAACGCUGACCCCGGAUGGGAAAACGUCGACGACUCCUGCGUCGAAAACGGCAAGCAGGUAGUGAUGACAUCAGAGGUCAAGCGAUGUGAAACUCCGGAGAAAUAUCUCUUCUGGAACGAUAUGCAUCUGGGCCCGUCAGCCCACCGUCUCAUGGGCACCGAGGUGUUCCACGGAAUUGAGAAGAUGUGGCUCAAAUAA